AUGUGCAAUCUUAUGCUUGCUUUGCUCAUCUUCGUGUUGGGUCUUUCGUCCCUGGAAGUCUUGGCUCAACCUUUUCACACUCAAGUUACGUCCCUCCACAGGGACCCCAACAGUUCCCUCCACACCAUCACCCUCACGCUGAACCCGUCCGAGCAAUAUCUUGUUGAUCUUGACGCCCCUUUCAUCUGGAACCUAUUAUAUUGGACCGCCGGUAGAUCUCUCUCUGAAUACAGGAUACAGUACUUCAAUCGGUAUGUCUUGUCUGCUCCAUCAUCUCUCUUGCAAUCUCUUCCAGCACAAGCAAUCGGUGUCGCUUCAUUGUCGUGGUCCACUCUCUCUCUACCAUAUCAAUUUACCAAAGAUAUCCACGAGAUUACACAGAAAUUCUCCCUUUGCCUCUCGAGCUCAACUGAUGAUCAAGGAGUCAUUUUCUUCGGUGACGGUCCAUACUAUCUUGAACCUCCGGCAAACUUUGAUGCUUCAAGCGUACUUUCCUACACCCCAUUGAUGAAGAAUCCCCCAACGCUGGGAUAUUUUAUCAAUGUGACGGGGAUAUCGAUCAACCGAAAGGCCAUUAGGGCUCCAACGAACAUGUUUGCGCUUGACAAAAAUGGAGGCGUGAAGCUCAGUACUACACUGCCGUACACUACCCUUGGGAGUGACAUUUAUAGUGUCUUCAUAGGAGAAUUCAAGAAGGCUCUGAAAGGCAUCCCUCGAGGGAAGAAGGUGAGUCCAUUCGACUUUUGCUUAAAGACGAAUGUCACGCGACAGAAGAAGGACGAGAGCAUUCCUCGAAUUGAUCUAGUGCUAGGAGAUGGGGGGUACUGGACUAUUCACGAAUCUAAUCUACUGAAACAAGUGGACAACAAUGUAGCGUGCUUGGCAUUUGUCGACGGCGGACACAGGGCGGAGCAUGCAGUGGUGAUCGGGACGUACCAAAUGGAGAAUAUAAUGUUGCAAUUUGAUUUGGUCCAGUCGAGAUUGGGAUUCAGCUCUUCCUUGUCCUCCUUUGGGAGCUCAUGUGGUAACUUCGAUUUCACCGUUCGGCCUUGA